GCCUCGCUCCUGCAUCCCUGGAACAAUAGGUGACAAUGAAUAUAACUGGGCGUAGGCUUCGAGCGACGUUGGUAUAAAUUGGUAUAAAUAGCCUGUGCUCAAUGUUCGUGCCCUCUCAGAAGACAGCCAGCGUCAUCAACAUCAGAAGAUCAGCUACGAUGAACCCACGAGUCAGCCAACUCCUUCUGUCUUUCAUUGUCUUCAUUGCAUCCACGUGCCUUGUGACGUCGGCAGUGUUGCCUAGCGACGAAACUGGAGACUUAAGUGUCAUUGGCUUACAAGACAAACGGAACUUGCGCGACGACAUAUCAAAGAUGCUUCUUAAGAACUUGAGGUUUCGGGAUGCGGAGGAAGUUGAAGAACCAAUGGCCAAACGACAGAAAAUGCUGGUCAGCAAUCUUGCCGCUCUACUUUCGGGUCUGAAACAGCGCCAGGCUGAACCCAACAUGCGCAUGCCCAGUCUGAGGUUUGGCAAAUAAGUGCCCGGAUGUACCGGAUGAAGUUUCAAUAUGAGAUCGCUUGCAUUUUGACACGUUAUUUCAGGCCCUAAGUUAGCGGUGCACACUUGUAGUCCAGAGAAGGCCGUCUUGAGUGACAUGGAAAAGCUUUCUGCAUGGUCCGGACGGACGAAUCUGUAUAUGGGGAAAAUGCCAUUUUGAUAUGAAUCAAUGUUUUGGAAUAAAUAUUUUUUGCUCUUUGAAUAAUGUCUAUGGAUUAAUCUGUGUGGGCGUUGUUGUAGGAAGAUGAAUGAAGACUUUUGUUUGGCUUACUGUUAGAUAUAAACCGCUCUAACCUGGCGAAUUAUUACAAUCAUCAAAGGGAAAGUGCUUUAUAAUGAACGCGCCUUUCUUGACAAUGCCCUCAUAAUGUAUGACUUUGUAAUAUAAAGUAUUGUGCAAUUUAAACUCGUUCUGCCUCUGUAAUAAUUCAUGCGCCGCUGGUAAAGUCGGGAGGGCCAAUAAAGAUGUGACGUUUUGUCAA